CCCCGUGUCUCUAAAGCUCACUAAGCGUUCAGGGUGACUUCCUGUCAGCAGGUGUCGUGUCAGGGAAAUUAUUUUCAUGUUUCACCUGCAGCAGAUUCCUCUCAGUUAUUACCACGGCAACAACGAUGGUGAGCUUUGUUCUGCCGCCUCUCUGAGCCUUUGAUUAGACGUGUGUGUGUGUGUGUGCUGCGCUCUGUGGUGAGUCCCAGAGGAGAAAGUGGAGCAGGAACCACAAACAAAGUUAUCUUUGAAGCUCUUUGGUUGAACGACUGAAGGAAACUUCUGACACCAUAUGUCAUCAAAUAUAAAAUAACCGUUUGCUUGGUUUUGAUACGGUUUACGCGGUCUGGGACCAACUGGUUCACCCGGUGGAGCGAUGAGUGGCUGAAGAACACAGUCGAAUACUGUAAAGUACAGUCCAACUCUAGAAACACUGUAAAACACAGAAACACUGUAAAACACCAUAAAACAUAGGAAAACACAGCAACACUGUAAAAAAAGUAAAACACUGUAAAAACACAGUAAAUCACAAGAAAACACUGUAAAACCGUAAAACAUAGUAAAACACUGUAAAACACUGUAAAAACACAGUAAAUCACAAGAAAACACUGUAAAACCGUAAAACUCCGUAAAACAUAAAAUACAGUAAAACUCCGUAAAGGAGCUCCAGGAAGAAGAGGAGACCGUAUCGGACGAACAUCCCUCCAGUUGAUUGAUGAUGUUUUAUGAAUCCUAUUCGGCUCCUCCAGGCAGAGAAUAUGACUGACACUGACCUCCAGGACAUGGAAUCAGGUUACCGGCACCUCGACGGGCGCGGACCAAUCGUGGCUCUUGAAUGCUGCAGAGGGCGGGUCUUACCAAGCCGUGUUGAGUCGCGUGUUGAAGGUGGUCACCGCACUUCGAGGCCUGUAACUUGGUUUUGUCCUCGCAGGUCGAUCCACAGAGACGGAAUGAGGAAGCGCUGGUCCCUCGUCCUCUGGGCGCUUCUCUGCUGCUCGACCACCAGGGCGGAGAUCUUCACCUCCAUCAGCCAAAUGACAGAUCUGAUCCACAUGGAGAAAGAGCUGGUCCAGUCCCUGAGGGACUACAUUCAAGAGGAGGAGACCAAGCUGGCUGCGGUCAAAAGCUGGGCCAACAAACUUGACUCUCUGUCCAAGGUGUCCACCUCUGACCCGGAGGGCUACCUGGCCCACCCGGUCAACGCCUACAAGCUGAUGAAGAGACUCAACACAGAGUGGUCUGAACUGGAGUCUCUGGUGCUGCAGAACCCGUCUGAUGGGUUCAUCUCCAACAUGUCCGUACACCGGCAGCUGUUCCCGGAUGCAGAGGACGAGACGGGGGCAGCCAAGGCGCUGAUGCGUCUGCAGGACACGUACCAACUGGAUUCUGAGGCCUUCUCCAGAGGAAAGCUGCCAGGUAUGCACGCCGACGCCUUACUGACGGUGGACGACUGCGUCUUUAUGGGCAGGACGGGCUACAACGACGCCGACUACUACCACGCCGUGCUGUGGAUGCAGCAGGCCCUGAAGCAGCUGGACGGGGGGGAGGAGGCCGUGGUGAGCAAGGCGGACAUCUUGGACUACCUCAGCUACUCCGUUUACCAGAUGGGAGACCUGCCGCGAGCCAUUGAGCUGACCCGGAGGCUGGUGGCUGUUGCCCCCGGCCACCAGAGGGCGGGAGCAAACCUGCGUUACUUUGAGCGCAUCCUGUGGAAGCAGCUCAAAGAGCAGGACCAGGACCAGCCGCCGGCCUCCGAGGAGCCCAUCCUGCUGGGGACCUACAAGAGACCCAAAGACCACCUCCCGGAGAGGGAGGUCUACGAGGCCCUGUGCCGAGGGGAGGGACUCCAAAUGGACGACGCGCGCCGCAGCCGGUUGUUCUGCCGCCUCCACGACGGGAGGAGGAACCCGCGCCUCCUGCUGCAGCCCGUGAAGGAGGAGGACGAGUGGGACAGUCCGCACAUCGUCCGCUACCUGGAGGUGCUGUCGCCCGCGGAGACGAGGAAGAUCAAAGAGCUGGCGAAACCCAGACUGGCCAGAGCGACGGUCCGUGACCCCAAAACCGGCGUCCUGACCACGGCCAACUACCGCAUCUCGAAGAGUGCGUGGCUGGAGGAAGUGGACGACCCGGUCAUCGUGAGAGUCAACCAGAGGAUAGAAGACAUCACGGGCCUCGAGGUCGACACUGCAGAGUUACUGCAGGUCGCUAACUAUGGCGUCGGAGGACAGUACGAGCCUCAUUUUGACUUCUCGAGGCGUCUUUCCACCAGCAGCCUCGAGCGCGACAGGAACCGAGUCGCCAUCUUCCUGAUCUACAGAGAUGAGCCCGAUGCUUUCAAAAGAUUAGGCACUGGAAAUCGCGUGGCCACUUUUUUAAACUACCUGAGCGACGUGGAGGCGGGCGGGGCCACGGUGUUCCCCGACCUGGGGGCCGCCAUCUGGCCGCGGCAGGGCACGGCGGUGUUCUGGUACAACCUGUUCCGUAACGGUGAGGGCGACUACCGGACCCGACACGCAGCCUGCCCGGUGUUGGUGGGGAGCAAAUGGGUGUCCAACAAGUGGAUUCACGAGCGUGGACAAGAGUUCAGGAGACCAUGUGGCCUAUCACAGGAGGACCGGGAGUGAACCCCCCCCCCCACACACACACACACACACACACCUGCAUUAAUGCCAACAACUUCUCUCCCUCGUCUCGACUUCAUGAUCGAGAAAUACUUCAUGAGACAAUGUUAUCUUGGGGACUGGCUGGAAAAUGAUGUCAUGAUGUUUAUCAACCACCAGAAACAGAACCAGGGUCUCCGUCACGUCUCCGUCUCUUUAUUCCGAUGGGUGAAAUGACCCUCCGCUAAGUCCCGCCUCCUGCCACGGCUGUGAGAGCUAUGUUGUCAUGGAGACCAAACGGUCCCUCACUGCACCAAAGUGAUCAAAUCUUUGGAAAACACUCCAUGUUUAGCCAGGAUGAGUUUCAUCGAGUUUCCUUUGUGUGAAUAUCUCUGACCAAAACAAAGGUUUAAAAAUAUAAAAAAGUGCAAAAGAAGAAGAAUAUUUUUCUUGCAAGCGGGCUUUUGAGAGGCGGAGCUUAACAAAAGGUUUCCGUACAUAGAUUCAACUAAGUCUCAUUUUACAAUCAUUCAAAUCUGAUCAAGUAACCAGUAGAUUUAAAUGUUUGCGGCCUCUGAACUAGAAGCUCCUCCUCCUCCUCCGCUCGGCAAAAGAGUUUCUCAAGUUUUCAAAGUAAAAGCUUUGGCGUUGGUGGCGAUGCAGACGAGCCCUUAUUUAAACUAACUCUAACCAACAUGAAGUGUGACAGAAACCUGAUGAAAUGUCACGUCUACAUGUUUAAGAGAGAAUAUAUACUUUUAACAUUUCUGGUUAAGAAGCAGAAACGGAAGUAAAGUUUUAUUAUUUUGAAAGAGCUUUGGAAGUCCUCAAACUGACUUCACUGGUCACAACGCUGUGUUUGACCUAAAGACUUCUGCCACUUCCUUCUUCUUCUUCAGUUUCCUUCAAACACAACAGAAAAAAACACAUUUCCUCCAAAUCAUGUCCACAAUGUUUUUAUUUAUAUGGCGUUUAAAUUAUUACACUGUUGUUUCACAUUGUGUGCUCUUUCUACCAGUCAAUAAACAAUGUCUUUUAUUAAAAUGUUGGAUGUC